AUGGCUGUGAAGGCCAUUCGGCGCGGUUUGCUGCGCGUCAGCUCGUUGAGCCGAAUAGUCGUCCUGCUGCUGGGCCUGCGAUCUGCGGAUCUCGAUACCGACACCUUCUUGCGGACGACCCAAGUCGUGGAUCGCGUGCAGGUGUUCAUCAGCCACUCGUGGCAAGCCGAUCCGUGGUUGAAGGUUCUUGCACUGUGCUUUGAGAUGAACCUGGUGCUGGCCGUUAAGGCCUCGUGUUUGACAUACCUGAUCACCUCACUGGCGCUUCUCCAGGCCGCAGGAGGUAUCACUUCGCCUUCAGCCCGGACCGUCCUCACCGACAGUCCGUGGACGCUUCCGUUGACUCUGGAUUUGCCAAUGCUUGUAUUUUUCACAACGUUCUUCUUCGGGCACUGGAUGACACAAGAGAUCUGGACACCGCGAAUCUGGUUUGACAAGGCAUGCAUCAACCAGGCUGAUGUUGAGCAGCAGGAGGAGGUAGUCACAGCCAUCCCUGAGAUCGUCAAGCGGUCUUCCUGCUUGCUGGUCUUGCUUGACGAGACGUUUUUGGGUCGCUUGUGGUGCAACCUCGAGCUGGCUACGUUUGCCAAGAGCCAUAGCGACCCAGACGCUUUGCACAUUGUGCCCCUCUGGCUGCCGGCCUGGUUCUUUUGCAGCCUUCUCUGCGAGUGGCUCGUCGCACGCCUGUCGAUCUUCGCAUGGCUUCAGUCUAUCGCUCUAUCCAGCGGCCUGGGUUACACUCCCAAGUCCGACCUCGACUUCAUCGUGAACGGCGUGCUCGUGGCCGUGCUUAUGGCCGUGGGCCAUGCCCCUUCGGUGCUGGUCGCAGCCUUCUCCUUCACAGCCAGGAUCGAGCAAUGUGACGUCAUGCUGGACCAAUUCGGGACCUUCGACGUGCGAUGCUCUGAGUGUGGCGUCACUGAGGACCGUCCUAAGCUGCAUAGCCAGAUUGCACGCCUCUUUGACGAGAUCGACGACCCGCCGAUCAGCGUCGAAAUCGAGGUGCCGGUAAACGCCAGGUGUGAGCGAGCGGAGGUAGCAGAGGAGUCGUCCGAGCUGCUGCAGCUGCUUCGGGAGCCAAGCGUACGUCAGCUUACCACCUACCCCACUGAGGAGGACUGCUUCAACCUUUUCAACACCUACGUUCGACAAGACCUUUGUGCCAAGGUUACGAGGGACGUGGCUGGCAAGGCGCAGAUGCGUUAUGGCGUCGCCCUGCUGGUGUUUCUCCCCAACGUCUUCUGGCUGGUGACGUACGAGUACUUGCAGUGCGAGCGCGCAGGCUGCGAUGAAAUCGCUGAGGCGUACGGCGCGCACUCCUUCAUUGAGUACAUUUUGUUCGGCCUGCCCUGGCUGGGUCUGUUUCUCAUGAUCGUGUCUCCUUUGACCCUGCCGGCGAUGCUGCACGCGCUGGCCUGGCUCCACGUCCUUCCCAUUUGGCGCCCAUGGAAGAUCAUGCUUGCCUUCGUGAUUGGGCCAGUCGUUGACAUCUGCGUCUUUGUGUUGGGUGGAUGCGUGUAUGGCUUCAUCCAAUCCCUCCUCGUCCAGCAAUUUUCACCAUCUCGGCUUGUGCAGACGUUCCUGGUGGUGACGGCUUUCAUGCUGCCAUGGAGUAUGGUAUUCUUCGAGUGCAAACUCUUCCGGAAGUGGCUCCUGCGCUUCCACAGCCGAUGUGCCGGUUUCACAUAA